AUGGGCCACGUUUCGGGUGGUGGCAACAUUCCCAUACACUUCCACGACGAGAUGCAAAAGGGCCAAACAACGGCCUUCGCCAUCGCAGAACCCCCAGUCUCGCCUAAGCUCGGCGACUUCAACCUGAUUUACAGCUUCCUGGGAUGUCGGGGAGGCCGAUCGCUAGGAGGGUUCGUUCACCAUGACUCCGCCUCGCCACACUUUUAUAGCCCGCAGAGGCCUGAUACAACGACUAAACUUAAUAUUGAUGAGUUCAUUCGUGUCAAUGACGGAGGUACCACGAACUGUAUCGGCGGGGCUCCUGGAGGGAACGAUAUGGCCCCAACACACGCUGAACCGGGUCUGUCGACUGCCUUGGCCGAGCUGGAAGAUUUCAAAGGCGAUCGUAUCUUGCGAGUACAAGCUGAGCCAAGCCCCGAGAGACCUCUAAUCCUUGGUGACCUGCCAAUCGCGAACUCCCCGAACCACCUAUUCUGGAAACUGGAGCGAGAGCGGCGGAUUGAUAAGCGAAUUAUCAACCGUCUUUAUCCGGACCUCGAGUUAACGACUCACGUAUUCAUUGACAUGUCAAAUAUAUAUAUCGGGUUUAAUGAUACGUUCAAGUUCUUGAGGGGCAUCCCGGACUGUGAUAGAACUCCACUCCCGCCGAUCAACUUUGACGCCCUUUCACGGGUUCUUGAACGGGACCGGAUGAUCGGUGCCAGAGAACUUGUCGGUUCCGCGGCCGAUCCUGAUAACUUGACUGAUCUACCCAACUAUUUUGGAGAUGCAAGGAAACUGGGGUACAAAACCAGCAUCUUACGACGAGUGCUCAAGCCGAAACGAAUAUACCGCCGCCCCCUCCCUCGGGUGACACCCCCACCCACGGGGUUCUCCUCGUCGGAGAGUGGAGAUGCUGAGAAAGCAGAAUAUUCUGACGGCUUCCAAAAACAGGCUGAGCGCAUACUCAGUGUUGGUUGGCUUAUUGAGGUCGUGUCGUGGAAGAAGGGCCUUAGUCAGGCAUGGAGGCGACAGUCUUGGACCCAGAAAUGGGGUAAGCAAUUUAGGAUCAUUCUCCUUGAUGAUUACAUUGACGAUGUACAAGAUGCUUAG